AUGGAGGAAACCAACGUGAUGAUGGCUGGCCAAAACUCGAAAACCGGAGUUAGGCCUUAUGUCCGAUCUAAGUUUCCUCGGUUAAGAUGGACACAAGAUCUUCAUGAGUGCUUUGUUCGAGCUGUGGAGCGACUCGGAGGCGAAGAGAGGGCGACUCCGAAAAUGGUUUUACAGUUAAUGGAUGUUAAAGGGCUGUCUAUAUCUCAUAUUAAGAGCCAUUUACAGAUGUAUAGGAGCAUGAGACAUGAACAAAAGAUGCAAGAAAUUGCGGAAAAAAGGAACGAGAGGAUGAGAGGAGCAAAUUUUCACCCACUCCCAAACACUUACCCUAUGUUUGCAAAUCUAUAUCAUCGUUGCAAUGAGAGGGGUCAAAUCGUCAAUUACAAUCCAUUUUACGCCGUCAACUGCCAGUAUCAAACCCGCCCAAAUCUCAACCUCGAUGUGCAGCUUCCAACCAACAACAUUAAUAACAUAAGUAUCCAAACAAGCAGACCAUUGUGGAGAGAGAUAAUACAAGAGGCAAGGAAUGAAAAGAAAGUGAUGAAUGAGAUGUCUGAACCAUUUGCUGCAAAAGAGAGGGAUGAUCAGAAACAUAAUUCUGGUGUCGUUGUUCGAGACUUUUUCAGUACAUUCUCAACCAAUGUUGGCGAGGAUAAUGGUCGUGUCUACAUGAACAACAAGGGAAAUGGAUUGCAAGGAGAAGGAACUAGUACUGGUGCUGGAAUGGAGAUCUCUCUUGAACUCACUCUUUAA